CGUACUGUUGUUUUUGGUAAAAAAUAUUUUCUUAAACUGAGAUGUCACGGUAAACUGAUGUGAGUGUUAUAACAUAUUUACAUUUGCAUGAAUAGCUUAGUGGAGGUUAAAUUAAUUAGGACAACGAAGUGGAGGGAAUUAGCAACAAAACGAUAGUCGUAAAAAGUCAUGAUAAUAGUAAAAACUACUUGAGGAAAUAAGUAAAAUGAAAAGUACCGAAUUAAAUAUAAAAUUAAACAAAUUAAGAUGAGUUUGUAAGAAAGGUGUGCACAAAAAUACGACCCGUAGAAUUAAGGAGCUGGCUUUUUGGAUUGACAAAUACUAUUACACAUUCGCAAAAGUUACUGUAGACUGUUUCGUAUUUAACCUAACCAUAAGAACUAUUUAUGUAGAAUAAAUGAAGUAGAACCAUGUUAACAGAAUACUUGAUUAAUAGUAAUAGAUUUAACCAUGCGUAACAAUAGUUAUCAGGGCGAAGAGCUUCAAGAUUUGGUGCAUGAUUCAAACAGCGCAUCACCCAAACCUAAAGUUCAUUUUAUGCGAAAUCAGUCUGGAAGUGCCCCGAUUUUAAUAGAAACAGAUUUACUUGAUGAUAGCAGUCAACGAAAGGGCUCAACACCAAUUCACGUGAUUGCACCAAAGUCUGUGCGCAAAAAUUUUGAAAGCAACUGGACAGAAGAAGAAAUUCUUCAAGUUCAGACUUUGCUACCAGAAGAACCACAGCCAGGAAUAAUUCCUUUACAAUUAAGGACACCACAGACACAGAGCGGCUUACCUGUACUUAACAAUUCUACAAAAGAGAAUCAAGUAUGUUGUAUACUUGUCACUUUAUUAUUGGUUUAUAUAUAUUUUUUUUUUCAGGGAGGAAGUAACAGACUGGCUUCUCAAUUAAAUGGUGGUCGUCCUUCUGUGACAUCACAGUUAUCUUCAACAAGUAGUGUCAUCAGUAGAAACCAAGGUGCGAUGGGAGGAUCUGAAUCUAAAGCAUCCCCACGAUCUGUGCAUCCCAGGAAUAUAAUGAGUGUAGAUCCACAGGACGUAUUAGAUCGUAGGAAGGUGGUGUCAGAAACGGAUGUUACCGGCAACUGUCGACCAUGGUCAGAUCAUGUAUAUUAUAAACUAUUUCUUGACCCAGAAGGACGAAAUGCAAAUUUAAUGGUUCUCAAAUGUGAGAUCACUUAUGUUGAUGUCUUCACAGAUGAAGAACACUCCUUGUAUAAAUGCAGAUUUAUUGGUGGUAAAGCAGAUGGAGUUUCUCAACUAUUUGUUUUUGACCUCAUGAAGGCAAAAUGGGAAGAAAAAAUUCCAAGGUCACAAGCUAUUGAGUUGAAUGUUGAUAUCGUGAUGAGUUCGUCACCAAUCCACCAGUGCAGUGAAACACUUCUUAACCUUGUGCAGCUGGAAAAAACCUUUCUAAAACAUCGUAAUUUUGAUGGACAACUAAAUGUAACAAUUCGAUUUGCUCAUAGUUAUGGUUGGGAUGUGAAAGAUGAUGUCAUAAGAGAACGUGUGCAUACUGGUCUUCGGAAUUUAUUUAAAGAAGGGGUUAACCUGGAAAUAAUGAGUGCAGAUAUUAUACUUGAUGAACUUAGGGUGGAUGACAUACUUACAACUGAUGAUGGACUUGUUAAACAUUUAAUUUCAAAACGGCAUGCAUGGACUACCCCACCACACAAACAGAUGAAAAUCCUUAAAUCAAAUGGGGAGGGUUCUUCACUGAGCAAUUCAAAACAUUUUGACUAUGACUCUGACUUUAGUUCCGCUUCUGAAGAAGAUUUUGAGUAUCUAUCUGAAGAUGAUAUGUACCAUGUUUUCUUACUGGACAAUCUUGAUCAGAUUUUAGCCAAUCAGUACCGGAGUAAACCACCAGUUACACGAAGUAUCACACGAGGAGGGAACAAGCAGCAAUCAAAAAGGCAAACAUGUUAGUGACGGAACAUUUUCUUCCAUGACUGAUGCAUAUCAUGUCUAUCUUCACACCUCACUGUGGAAUAUCAUUCAGGACACAAAGAGAAUUCAAAAUAUAUUUGAGGAAACGCUUGAUGACUUGUAAAUCAUAAAUAUUUUUGUGAUUGUAAAUAGGACCCAAAACUUCCUUUUUGUAUACUGUAUCUUUUUGUUAAUACUUCUUGAAUAUAUGGUUGUAUACAAAUAAAUGGUACUAUAAUGUAGGUUUGAAUAUUUUAGAGUCCAUGCAUUUAGUGAAAUAAAAAACCUAAUUGUGCAUUAAAA